CAUCCGCAGCCGCAGCAGCAGCAGCAGCAGCAGCAGCUGCUGCCAGCCCAGCAUCGCGGCGCCAGCGCUCCCUCUCCCUCCUAGUGGUGGGUGGUGGUUGGGUGGUUGCCUUCUCCUCCACCUCCUCACGCUGAUCUGGCGAGCGAUCGGUCGAUGGCCUCCUCCUCCUCGCUUCCGCGCUGAUCAGUGGUCGUGGUGGUCGUAGUAGCAGCACAGUGGGUUGGGCCUGAUCUUGGCGCGUUGGUGGGAGCGGAUCUUGGGGGGGGGGGAUGGCGGCGGAGAAUGGCGGGGUGGAGGUGGCGGCGGCGGAGGAUUAUGUCGUGGUGAAAGCUGGCGGGGAGGAGGACGGAGGCGCCGCUCCGGCGGUGGCGGCGGGGGAUGGGGAUGGGGAUCUCGCCGGUGGGGAGGCGGGGGAGGGUGGAUCUGAGGCGACGGCCGAGGGGACGGUGGCCAAGAAGGGUGGAUCAGGGGGCGCGGCCGCGGCCGCGGCGAGGAAGGCGGGGAAGGUGGCGGUGCCCAACGGCAAGGUGGCCGGCGCGCCGGCGGCGCGGGGGAAGAAGCCCGUGCUGUCGCAGAGCGCGUCGUUCCCGGCGAGAGGGGCGGUUGCCAAGAAGGCCGCCGUGCCGGCGGCAGCGGCGGCGGCCACGGCGACACCGAAGCAGGCCAAGACGGGUGUGUCCAAUGGAUCGGAGAAGGCGGCUGGCCGCGCUGCGGAGAAGAAGGUGAAUUCAUCUCGGACAACUGCCGCUCGCCGCUCCUUGCCUGUUAAAUCUGGAUCAGUGGAUGCAACUCCAAAUGAUGUUUCUUCUGAAGCUCCCCAAGAGUCAAACGAGAACACCACCAAUGCUUUGCAAGAAACUCUGCCAGGGAAAAUGGAGGAUGAUGUGCACUCCACCACAUCGAGUACCAAUACUCCCCGAGCAGCAGCUCAACGCAAGAAUGCUGCUGCCUCUGGUUUUAGUUUCAGAUUGCAGGAGCGUGCUGAGAAAAGAAAGGAGUUCUACCAAAAGCUUGAAGAGAAAAUCCAUGCAAAGGAGCUUGAACAAACGAAUUUGCAGGCCAAGUCGAAAGAAAGCCAAGAGGCUGAGAUCAAACUGCUUAGGAAAAGCCUGACAUUUAAAGCGACGCCCAUGCCAAGCUUUUACAAGGAGCAGCCUCCUAAAGUUGAGUUAAAGAAGAUACCACCAACACGUGCUAGGUCACCAAAGCUUGGCCGACACAAGCCAACGAAUUCUGUUGCUGUUGCUUCUGCCGAUGGUUCUGUAUCAUGUGAGAGUCCACGGAGCAUAACUAAUUUGGCCAAGUUGACUGAAAGUGCAGAGAAUAACAAAUCUCGUGUUACUGCCAGAAAGCCUGCUCAAAGAUCAGUCACAAGAACUCCUCAAGAAUCUGCCACUGCAAAGACUGAAACAAAACCCCUUGGUACAAAGCAGAAAACCUCAAACACAAAACCCAAAGCCCCAAGAGCCAAAGUAGAGCAAUUGCAAGAAAACCCGGUUGAAAUCCCUCCGGCUGAACCUUCUGGCCCAGAAGGGGUCACAGUUGAACAUGGUGUUGAAGAUGCAACAGCACCCGACAGGGCCGCCACUUUGGUUGCUUCGAGUGAAGUUCCAGUCCAAGGUUGAUUUUAUUGCACAUUUUGUUAUUUAAUCCCUUCUUGCAGUCCUGUGAAUAGUGAGGUGUGUGCUUCAUGGAAAGUUGAUUCGCUCAAAGGUACCGUGGAUUUGUCAAUUCUGGAGUAGACAUCCUUUUUUUUCAGCUUGUCAUUAAGCAUGCCAUUGUAUAUUGCUUGAAAAUUUGUCCAUGUUCAAAUUUCAAUUCUUGUGUAUAUUGGAGUUAUAUGUCAAUGGGCAUCCUAGGACUGUUGCAGAACAUCAAUGCAACUUGUGAAUUAUUUUGUGUUAUAAGUUGAUUCUCCCUGCCCAGUAUA